AGACCCGCAGCAGCAGCGGCAGCGGCGGCAGUAGCAGCAGUAGCUACGAUGCUAAUAUUAAUAAUAACAAUGUGUUAAAAUCAGGAGUUUGCGGAGAUGUGAAGCGCUGAGAGCGGGGUGAUGGUAUCGAUACCUUAAGUGCUCCUGUACACCAGCUGUGUCCAGAUAAACCAAGAUGCCUCAAAAGAUGAUGAAGAGCGCUCAUUACAUUGAGCUGGGCAGCUACCAGUAUUGGCCGGUUCUGGUGCCGAGAGGGAUCCGAUUGUACACUUAUGAACAGAUCCCUGUGUUUCUGAAGGAGAACCCGUACAUCACGGACGGAUACAGAGCUCACCUGCCCUCUAAACUGUGUCUGAAAAGCAUAUUUGUGCUGUCCAACGAGACGGUGAACAUCUGGAGUCAUCUCCUGGGCUUUCUGCUGUUCUUCUUGCUGGGUGUGAAUGAUAUGUCCUCAGUGCUGCCGGCCGCAGGGGCUUCCAGAGAGGACUACGUCAUCUACUCCAUAGGGCUCUUCUGCUUUCAGGUGUGUAUGCUGUGCUCUGUGGGAUAUCAUCUCUUCUGCUGCCAUCGUUCGGAGAAGACCAGUCGCCGAUGGCUAUCGCUGGACUACGCUGGAAUAUCUGUGGGAAUUCUGGGCUGUUACGUCCCGGGGGUCUUCUACGCCUUCUACUGCAACAGUUUGUGGCGGCAGGUGUACCUGGUGACGGUUCUGGCUCUGAUUUUAGCCGUGUUCUCAGCUCAGAUUCACCCGCUCUACCACACCCAGGAGUGGAAGACCCUCCGCUCCACCAUCUUCUGCUCUGUGGCAGGAUAUGGCAUCAUCCCGGCCUGCCACUGGGUCUGGCUGAACGGAGGAUUCCACACUGAGAUCGUUCAGGUGUUUUUCCCUCGAGUCAUGAUCAUGUAUCUGAUUGCUGCCUCUGCCUUCCUGUUCUACAUCAGUAAAGUCCCUGAACGCUACUUUCCAGGGCAGGUGAACUACCUGGGUGCGAGCCACCAGCUGUGGCACGUGUUGGUGGUGCUGAUGUUCUACUGGUGGCACCAGACUGCAGUUUAUAUCAUGCACUACAGACACAGUCAGCCUUGUCAGGAGCACAGCGGCAGCAUCAGCAGCAGCAAUGUUGGGUAGUGCUGCUAUAGAAUAGAGGCUCUAACCACCACACUCUUAAUAUUAAAGCGUUUAGGAAUGAGCGAGAGCAGUGGAUUCUUUCUCUGAAUCCUGUAUUUUCAGUUCUGAUUUGAGCCACUGCAGUGUGUGAUAUUGAAAUCCUAGUUGUGAAGCAUGGGGAGUGGCAGUGUCCCAGUUUGGAGCUGAUUGCUGCCUUGAGACCAGGAUAGAUUAUUAAUGCUAUUAUUAAUGUACCUGUUAAUUAUACCAGCAGAGAGGUAAGUCUAUCUGUCUGUGAGUGGGUUAUGUGGCAAGACAGUGACCCAAAGAGGGCUGUACGAUAUUGAGGAAAAAUAUUUAUAUAUUGCAAUAUUGAAAAUAUUAAAAAUGAUCUUGGACUUCCAUCACUCUGGAAAUGAUAAGGUGCAUGAAAUCACGUUCAAAUCCAUCUGAAAUUGCAUUUAAUUUCUGAUUCUGCUAAUCUGAUGUGAGUACAAUUUAGAUAUGCAAUAUCUAAAUAUCUAAAUAAUAAAAUUUUAUGCUGGCAGUCUGAAAAUAUUCUAAUAAUACAGCUCUGGAAAAAUGAAAAGACCACUUCAGUUUCUGAAUCAGUUUUUUGCAGAAAAUGAGAAAUGUCUGAAAUAACAAAAAAGAUGCAGAGCUUUCAGACCUCAAACAAUGCAACAAAAACAAGUAUAUAUUCAUAAGGUUUUAGGAGUUCAGAAAUCAGUGUUUUUAAUCACAGUUUUCAUGCAUCUUGGCAUCAUGUUCUCCUCCACCAGUCUUACACACUGCUUUUGGAUACAUUUAUGCCUUUACUCCUGGUGCAAACAUUCAAAUAGCAGUUCAGUUUGGUUUGAUGGCUUGUGAUCAUUCAUCUUCCUCUUGAUUAUAUUCCAGAGGUUUUCAAUUUGGUAAAAUCAAAGAAACUCAUCUUUUUGAAGUGCUCUCUUAUUUUUUUUUCAGAGCUGUAUGAUAAGGCGCUUGAUUUAUACAGUAUAUUGAGUUGUAGUACUCAGACUGAGAACAGCCCAGUGUUCUAGCUCAUGUUAAACGCUGUAAUAUUGAGUGUGGUGGGUUUUGGGGAACUGGAAUAUUGGAUUUUCUGUUACGGACUCUUCUGAGGCUUUUAAAGGUCAGUACUGCUGGAUUAUUAUUAUUAUUAGACACGCACACAGUGAAUAUUUGAUUGAAUGAAUAUUAAGGGGUAAUCAUAGAGCCAGUAUGAACAUAUUAUUCUGGAACUGCCUGUAAAACUUGCAUCCUGACUUGAAUGUGAUCUACUUUUCCUGUUUUUUUUCUAUGUGAUUAUACGGGGUGUGAAAUGUUCAGACUCUCAGAUGUUCAGCCUUUUUUAUUAUGAUGAUAAUGAUGAUGAGUAUUUAAGCAUUAAUGUAACCCAUCAGACCCUUUUCUCAUAGCGCUAGUGUAUUUGGUUAGUGUAUUUAUUUUAUUGUGUUUUUUGGUACACCUCACACUGUCGCACUGUACUGUAAUGUCAGCACAUUAGAUUUGGACGCCCCUCUUUUUUAUCCAGUAGCAUCACAGCGCUAACGCUCGGAGAAAAGUGCAGCGACUCGGUUCUGAUACAUCAGCUCACAGACGCAGUCUUGUGCUGAUCCACAUCACCCUAGGACUGAUGAGGGAAAAGAACGCCAUCUACUGUACACACCCAGAGAGAGCAAGAACAACUGUGCUCUCUCAGGGUUCUGGCAGCUGAUGCAGGCUGCAAGCUGCAUGACCGGGAUUCGAAUGAGUGAUUCAAACCAGUGAUGCAAAAACAUUGCAUCUCCACAGUUUUCAAUGGAAGUCACUGUGAAAACAUUUUAUUCCAGCUGCAAAAUUCCAUUUUGCAUCAUUUAUAUUGGUGCAUUCAUCAUAAAAUCUUAAUUGUCAAACAGUGAAAAACAACAAACAUUAUGUAAUACAGUAUAUAAUAUACAGUACCAGUCAAAAUUUUGGACACGCCUUCUCAUUCAGUGUUUUUUUUUUUGCAUUUCUUUAUUUAAUGUAUCUUCUACACUGUAGAUUAAUAUUAAGGCAUGAAAACGAUUAAGGGACACAUAGAAUUACGUAAAAAAACAGAAAAAAAGUCUAAUUCCUCCACAUUAAACCCCUGAUGAUUUGAGGUGAUUUAAUUGGGAUGAGCUGUAGCUUCACAGUGUGAAGGAAAAGCAGCAACUAUUGUUCAGCACCUCCAGGAACUUCUUCCUUCAAGACGCUGAGUAAACUAUUCCAGGUGACUCUCCCUCAUGAGGACACUGAGCUUAAGGGCAUUUUCAGACCAGCACUAUGUGGUUCACUGUCACUACUGUACACACCCACUAUGUGGUUCAUGGAGCAGCACUGUCACUGCUGCUCCAUGCUGUUUACACACUAAGAACAUGGUCUGUGCUGCGAUCACUGCAUGCAGCCAUGUGACUACCAUUAAAAACACUGUGUUUAAAAGUGCAUAUGAGUAAUUUC